UUGCUCACAGAAGGAGGGCAAUGUGUGUAUCGGGACCAUGAAGGUAUACUGACACAAGUAACGCAAGUUUCAUGACCUACAUAAACAUAGCACAUAGGAGGAGUAUUGAGUCGGCAGUGUGUGAGAGCUGGAAUCUUGAAAGGGGAGACUUGACUACUGAACCGAUCGUUGACAUUUGAAUACACUGUCGUGGUGACAAGUUCUGAAGUAGUCCACGAGUGACAGACUGUUCUUAGAAUUGAUGCACAGUAUAACCAGAGAGAUGUCGACGCCAGCAGAGAAAGCAAUGGCGGCAGGGAUCAAUGUUGAACUGGUGAUGGAUGACGGUCUCGUGCAGGCUGCUAUAGUGUUGGACACGAUAAAGAAUGUGAAGCUUAUUCCUAUCCGUGACGACGACAUCUUACUCUGCACUUACCCAAAGUCAGGUACACAUUGGACCUGGGAGAUCCUCAACAUGAUCGUGGUAGGCAAGGCCGAGUAUGCGAAACACUGGCAGAACUCAGCCUGGCUGGAAUACAGGACGCACGAAGAGCUGGAGGCGCUGGCUUCACCAAGGAUCCUCCACACACAUCUGCGUCCAAGCCAACUACCAGAUGAUGUAUGGCACAAAAGAUGUAAAGUUGUGUACGUCAGGAGGAAUCCUAAGGACUGCGUGGUGUCGUCCUUCAAUCAAACAACCAAGCAGGUCUGGAAGGACAACCCUGUGGCAAAACCGUCCUACACUGGCACUUGGGACGACUUCAUUGAUAUUUUUCUGAACGGAGCAUUUCCUGGCGGACCCUAUUUCGAACACACUCUUGAAUGGACCAACAUAUCUGAAGUCCACGAAAACUUUCAAAUGUGCAGUGUGCACUAUGAAGACAUGAAAAAGGAUUGCGUUUCGGAAAUACGUCGAAUGGCUGAUUACUUGGGGCGCCCUUUGUCGGAGAAAACAUACCAGGACAUAUCCGAGGCAUGUUCUUUUAAGAAACUCAAGCAUGCUAACGAGAAGCUCAAAGACCAGACCUACCACUUUCAAUGGAAUGAUGAUUCAAGUGGAUACUUCAGGAAAGGUAUAACUGGUGACUGGAAGAACUGGUUCACGGUGGCCCAGAGCGAGCGGUUUGAUAAAGUAUACGAAGAAAGGUUAAAGGAAAAAUUCCCUUACUGACAUCGUGAAUAGGAAACAUAUUGCUUCUUCGUCGAGUUGGGUCCACAUAAAGACGGUGAAUACAACCAGUGUUAUGGACCGAAGACCGUUGUUGAUCACUAGUUCAGAGCCACGUACAUGUCCUGCUUGAGAUAGAUACGUAUGUUAUAAAAUAAUGGUGCAAAUAAAACUUAAAAUCCCUGA